AUGAAGUUUGGCACCCUCGCUGUCACUGUCUCUUCUCUGACAGCCGUGUCCGGCUCGCCUAUCGAGAAGCGCGAAGUCGGUGGCGUCCUCAUCUGCACCGGAGCCAAUGCCACCGGCGACUGCGUCUACAAAAAGUACGAGCUCAACAAGUGCCAGCAGCUCGAGCCGCCCUUCCUCGCCAACGCGAGCACCUUUGCGCCCGACGGCGACGCCUUUGCCUGCUACCCGCGCGUCAUGGACUGCGGCGGCAUCUGCACCUCGCCCACCGGCUGCACCUUUGGCCAGGUCGACUUUGGCUACGAGCACAAAUUCAACCUGUCGGCAAUUCAGUGGAACACACUGAUCCGCUCAUUCGAUUGCUUCGAGAAGCAAGCGUAG